ACGGUCAUCCAACUUGGAAUUCCAAAUCAGAAACUCCGGCAUCUUUCAAGAGCUCCGACUUUCCGACCUGAAGAUCACUGACGUCAUGAUUUGACCUCGUUUUUUUUCUCAAGUUCCCAGUUGUCUUGAAAGCACCAAUAUCUAGGCCAGUUGGCCAGUGCGUCACUGGCACAUUUGCAAGGGGAGAAUUGAAUAACGGAAUGCGAGCCAGCAAGCAGGCUGUGCUUUAAAUAUCCGCUGAUUUAUUUUGGAAGUGUGACAGAUGGUAGUUUAAUAAUUGCAGAUAAUACCGAAUAAACGGGACGGCACUGCCUGAAGACGUCCUGUAUUUAGUUAGUUCUGAUCGAUCUUUUGGACUAUGGAACUUGAUCGGCGACUGUUGGUGGCUCACUGCGCAACCCACACCCUGUCAGUCCUGGCAGGGUUGAUGGUGGUUGUCCCGCUUGCGCUCAACGGCUCAGCUUUCAAAGAGCGAUGUGCGCUUUUCACCACGGGUUCAUGGAGGACGGAGAAUCGAACCGAAAUUACUGGGGAACCGGGUGAGAUUUCACACUUGAUGGUACAGCAAUGGGGCCCACCGGCUGCUUGCCAGUUUGCUACUUUUGUCGGUGUUUUCACGGUGCUGUACGGCGCUGCGCAGGGCUGGCGAAGCAUCUUUUAUCUCCACGGACGGCAUGACGACACCUUGUUCUCUGCCUUCCUGACCCUGAUCCUGAGCCUGUGUGUGUUGUUCCUGUCUGGAGGGGCCAGUGUCACCCUCUCCCUGGGGCUGGCCUCCUGGUGCAACACUGUCACUGAUGACAACACCAGACCCUACAGCUGUGCAGAAUACCAGUCCGUCCCCAUGUUCCUGGAUGUAGAGACGUCCUCCUUCUACACUGAGCUCACCCUGGCAGAGGUUGCUCUGUGGAGUGUGACAGCACUGUGGCUGACUCACUCCAUCCUGUCCUUCAUGCGUCUCUACCACUCCCACAGCCAGCACAUCAAUGGGCCCUGCCUGCCCAAAGAGAAGGAGUAUCUCCUGGGUCACUCUCUCUCCUUCUCAGGCUCAUCAGGAUCAGACCGGGGCUCACCCUCACAAACCCUAUCAACAGUGCCCAGCGUCAUCUUUAUCUAACCCAGGCCUUAACCCCAAUGGAAUCCCCUGCAGCUAUCCUAUCAACACCCAGUGGUUUUAUUUUACCCUAACCCUAAUUACCUUUGUUCUGCUAAACCUCAUCAUCACCACCAUUCACCACGUAGCCUCUUAUGUAACAGGGAUCAACCUCCAACCUCACAUUAUGCCACCUACCAAUUGUUUUUCCAAUCAAAAGGGAUUAAUUGAGUGUAAACAAAAAAUGGAGAAUAAGUUAAGUAGUGUUAUGGCAGUUCUUAAAUCAAAUAUUUAAGUAGUACCUACUACCAUCUCAUCUUAGAGUUAUAUAUAUGGUUUAAUGUGAUCUAAAUUCAUCAGUGCUUAGCUCGCUAACUUCAUAACAAGGUAGAUGACUGACUGACUGAGCCAUGCCAAAUUAGUUACAUAUAAAUACUAAGUUAUUAUUUUACAGUGUUGUCUGUUUCAACAAAACAUGGCCUAAAAGUGUUUGUUCAAUAUGUAUGUAUGUUAUAUCCAACAGUUCCAAAGUUGGCAAAUGUACCAUUUGCAUGUUAGCGCUCAAGGAAAAAGUAAUUCAUUGUUUUGAGUGUGUAAAUGCACAUUUGUACUGAGGCGCUUUCAUUGAGAAGCAAGAAGCAUGUAGUAUUUGUGAAAGAGAGCCACUAUAUUCAAACAGGCUCACUGUGUGAGCAAGACACAUGAAUGUUCUAUUGUGUCGCAGAAUCACUCUCUUCCUCUAGUGAAAGUUGUUGUAUGAUGCUAUUUGUGUAGAUGCAGCUGCUUUCAAGGCAUUUGAAGCAUCCAGAUCUUUCAGAAAUAUAGAACUUUGAUGAUAGUGUCAUCAAGUGUAGUGUUUAGUGUGAACUGGGCUGAGCCAAGAUGGUUUAGGGAGAUGUAGAGAAUAGAGGAAUACCCAAUACUUGUUGGAAAAACAAGUCUUGACCUUCAAACUCUGAACCCUGACCUUAGUAGUUGUGGUGACACACAGAAAGCGGAGCAAGAAACCGGAAGAGAGAUAGAAUGUCUGUAAUCUAUUGUAUUUUGCAGUAUUACUGUCAAUAUUGAUUUGUUUUUGUUUUAUACUGGUUAUUUAUAUUCAUGUUUUUAUUUAUCAUCCUCAUUGUGUAAAUCAAUAAACAUCUUCCUAUGAAA